AUGGAGCUGGCAUUUGUAAUAGAUAGGCCAGCCACUAAAUGGAUGCAAACUCUGAAGGGUGGUACAGAAGCCAUAGCCCACUUGGAUCAGUUAGAAGCUGAUUAUUAUGAUCUGCAGCUUCAGUUAUAUGAAGUGCAGUUUGAGAUCUUGAACCACGCUGAAUCUGAUCACUGUUCAGAAGCAAGCAGUAUUAUUAACUACGGUCUGAUUUUUUUUUUUCAGAUCUCAAUAGAGAAUGACUACCUAGGCCCCAGAAGAAUUGAGAGUCUGCAGAAAGAAGAUGCUGAUUGGCAGAGGAAAGCCCACAUGGCUGUACUUUCUAUUCAAGAUCUUACAGUUAAAUACUUUGAAAUAACAGCUAAAGCACAGAAAGCUGUGUAUGACCGAAUGCGAGCAGACCAGAAAAAAUUUGGUAAGGCAGCAUGGGCAGCAGCAGUGGAACGUAUGGAAAAGCUUCAGUAUGCAGUUUCUAAGGAGACUUUGCAGUUGAUGCGUGCUAAAGAAAUCUGUUUGGAGCAGAAGAAACAUGCACUGAAAGAGGAGGUAAUUUUUCAUACCAGUAGGUAGAAAAAUUAAACAUGU